GUACAAUCUAAGGAUUAUUAACAAUAAAAACUUUUUAAAACCAAAUGUUUUCUUUAGCACUGUGUUAAUAUUUUCUGCUGGUAAUAAAAUUCACCCCUACAGUCUGUACGAAGCUAUUAAGAAACUGAUCCAGGGUAAGAUUCAUCGGCUGCCAGUCAUUGAUCCUCAGUCUGGGAAUGUAUUGUACAUCCUCACCCACAAGAGGAUACUUAAGUUCCUCUUUCUCUAUUUUUCUGAGCUUCCAAAACCAAGUUAUCUCAACAAGACCUUACAAGACCUGCAGAUAGGAACUUACAAAAACAUAGCAACCGCCAGAGAAGACACUCCUAUCAUUACAGCACUAAACCAGUUCAUAGAGAGGAGAGUUUCAGCUUUACCGCUGGUGAAUGAACAGGGCAGAGUGGUUGAUAUUUAUGCCAAGUUUGAUGUCAUUAAUCUUGCAGCCGAGAAAACUUACAACAAUCUUGACAUAACUGUUAAAAAAGCACUAGAACAUCGAAACCAGUGGUUUGAAGGAGUACUCAAGUGUAGAGCUGACGACACAUUGGGUUCGGUGUUAGAGAUUCUGGUCAAAGCUGAGGUGAGUAACCAUCACAGUUAAUGAAUCAAACUUUGAUAAUACACCAUGUGUUUUAGUUUUCAAGAUUUUGUCAUGUAAAAUUCAAUUGGUAUUCAUAUUUGAAGGAUUGGAUUCCUACUGUGAGAAGAGAUAUAAUCUCUGGACCUAAAGUACUUUUUAUUUCCACAAAUCAGUUCUGGAGAGAAUAUUUGAAGGAUUGGAUUCCUACUGUGAGAAGAGAUAUAAUCUCUGGACCUAAAGUACUUUUU